AGGACCCGGCAGGGAAACCAAACAUCGCAGCCUAGCUACGCAGCCGAGUGACGAGUGCUAACCGAUAACUGACAAGCUAGCUAGCUAGCUAGCCUAGCGUUUGUCUAGCUCGGCAGGAGAUUUUUUUCCCCAUAUGCUUAAAUCAUAAUAAUCCGGCGUUGAUAUUUUAUUCUGUUUUCUGUUGACCGCCUGAGCUGUUUAACUAUGCCGAGUAAAAAGAAGAAAUACAACGCCAGGUUCCCUCCGGCAAGGAUUAAGAAGAUUAUGCAGACAGACGAAGAAAUCGGCAAAGUGGCUGCAGCAGUACCCGUUAUUAUUUCGAGAGCCUUGGAGCUUUUCCUGGAAUCGCUGCUGACAAAGGCUUGUCAUGUCACCCAGUCCAAGAACGCAAAGACGAUGACGACGUCUCACUUGAAGCAGUGCAUCGAGCUAGAGCAGCAGUUUGAUUUCUUGAAAGACCUGGUGGCAGCUGUGCCCGACAUGCAGGGCGAGGGGGAAGACAACCAUGCCGAGGCAGGGGGCGAGAAAAUUCCACGCCGCGGCCGAAAGUCGGGGUCUGGUCACAAAAACGGUGGUCCGGGCUCCAAAGGCAAGGACAAGAAGCUGUCUGGCACCGAGUCUGAGCAGGAGGAUGACUCGGAAGACAGCGAGACAGACGGGGACGAAGAGGACGGCUCUCAGUCGAGCACAAACCUGCAGGCUGCAUCCAGGUUCCACAGCCCUCCGUGGAAAAAGUUUGAACACCCCUGGACUAAAGUAAUGGUUCUCAGCAUGUUUUACACCAAGUACCACCUCCAAAAAUAUUUGUGCCUUGCAAGUUCAGUCGUCCCUCACCACUUUGCGGUUCGAAAUUUGCGGCUUGACAUCACGUUUUUUCCAAAAUCUAUUAAUAAAUCAUGCUGUUUUGUGGUUGAAUACGGCCUAUUAUUGACAAAAAAAUAUGCUUAUUGAAGCAAGUUUUUUUAAUUUCCCUAAAUAAAGCAUUUUUAAGCAUAAAAGUGGCUAAAUGAAGUAAAAAACAAAUAUAAGGCAUUCAGAAGACGCUGCGAGUGAUGUGCAGUAUUCUACACUGGUCGCUAGUAAUGUUACUAUUGAUUGCUGGGAACAACAGGCUUUUAUUGCAGAUUUGAAUUAUCUCACAACACACACAAUAUUCUCUAAUAAAAAUCCCAAAGAUAAUCACGGGCUACUGUUGCUGCAGCAACCGGCCACCACUCAACUCCCCUAGGGAACGCAUUUAUAGAAACGCACACCAGCCUGAAUGUUAUUUAUCUUUUAAUUCUCUUCUUGUUUCUACUAUAUUGUUUAAUAGGAGUGUAAAGGUGACUAGGGGUGUUAUACAAAAAUAGUGCAUUUAGGAAUAAGGAAUUCUACUGAGGGGAAAUGCACAUAUUGUCGGGUCUGGAACCAAUUCUCCGCCAUAAACCAGGGCUUACUCUGCCACCAUUUUUUUGCUACCUCUACACACCAAUUUAAUAUUGAAUGCAAUGUCAGCAAACCUAUGGUUAAUAAAUUUGUAUUUGAGUAAAAUUUUAUAAAUUCAUAAAAAUACCACUAGAUGGAGCCCGCGUAUCACCGUCGGUGCUAGUUUGAGACUCAAUGGACCAAAGUCCAUUUCGGCUUGUUUUGUUGUAAUUCGACCUCUCACAUUCAGAAAAUACUAUUAAACAAGAAAACAUUAAAAAAAAAGAAAAUAAGAGCAUAAUUUUCUGAGAUAGUAAAAAAAAAUGUAUAGAUUAAAGUCAUGGUAUUUAGAGACUAAAGCUGUAAUAUUAUGAGAAAGAAGUCAUAAUUUUACAAGAAUGAAGUCGUUAUAUAUAUAUAUAUAUAUGUGUGUGUGUGUGUGUGUGUGUGUGUGUGUGUGUGUGUAUAUAUAUAUAUAUAUAUGUAUAUAUGUGUGUGUGUGUGUGUAUAUAUGUGUGUGUAUAUAUGUGUGUGUGUGUGUGUGUGUGUGUGUAUAUAUAUAUAUAUAUAU